GGCGCGCCGCAGGCCUGGGCUGCGAUGCCGGCGGGGAGGGUGUUCCGGCGGCGGGCGGGCUCCGAAGAGGACGAGGAGGACCAGCAGGUCACCGAGGAGGUCCGGCUGAAGCUCGAGGAAGCGAAGGAAGUGCAGAGCCUGAGGAGACGGCCCAAUGGGGUGAGUGCUGUGGCCUUGCUUGUAGGGGAGAAAUUACAAGAAGAGACAACAUUGGUGGAUGAUCCUUUUAAGAUAAAGACAGGUGGGAUGGUGGACAUGAAAAAGCUGAAAGAACGAGGGAAAGACAGGAUUAAUGAAGAAGAAGAUCUCAACCUGGGAACCUCUUUCUCAGCAGAAACCAACAGGAGGGAUGAAGAUGCUGACAUGAUGAAGUACAUUGAGACCGAGCUGAAGAAGCGGAAGGGAAUUGUGGAAAGUGAGGAGCAGAAAGUGAAACUGAAGAAUGCCGAGGACUCCCUGUACGAGCUGCCUGAGAACAUCCGUGUUUCCUCAGCCAAGAAGACUGAAGAGAUGCUGUCCAAUCAAAUGCUGAGUGGCAUUCCUGAAGUGGAUCUGGGCAUUGACGCAAAAAUAAAAAACAUCAUCUCGACUGAGGAGGCCAAGGCAAGGCUGUUGGCAGAGCAGCAAAACAAGAAGAAAGACAGUGAAACCUCCUUUGUUCCUACAAAUAUGGCUGUGAACUAUGUCCAGCACAACAGAUUUUAUCAUGAGGAGCUAAAUGCACCUGUGAGAAGGAAUAAAGAGGAACCAAAACCACGGCCGCUGAGAGUGGGCGAUACAGAGAGGCCAGAACCUGAGCGUUCUCCUCCAAAUCGCAAGCGUCCACCCAACGAAAAAGCAACAGAUGAUUAUCACUAUGAGAAAUUCAAGAAGAUGAACAGACGAUAUUAAGACCUGCUCUGCGGGGUACUGGGGACAGAACCUUUGGGUGGAUCUUUUAUUUUUUGUAACAAGAAGAUAUUGUGUAAAUAACUUCUGAAGUGGGAGGGGGCAUUUGCUACAGAUCUCAUGUAUGCUACAAGACUUCUCUUGCAGUGCGCUUGUAGUGAAUUAAUCUGCACGGUGUUUGUGAACUCUCCUGUCAGUGAUAACUUGUAUAAAAUGUAUUUUCAGUUAUAAAACUUCCUUUGUAAAUACAUUA